UUAACCCACAAGAUGACUAACAAGAUUCCGAUUAAACCUGUGAAUAUGAAUAAGGUAACAAAUAAUAUUAAUUUAGAUAGUGAUGAAGACAGUAAUAAUGAAGGCUCUAUAGAUUCUGAUAAUACCGUUAAUGAAAUUUUGAUAUAG